AUGAGCAAUAAACCUAUUAUAAAAAAUAGAGAAUUUGCUGAAAUUCAAAUUACAGCAGAACAACUGAUCAGAGAAGCAAGAGACAAUCAAACACCUUCUUAUACACGACCUAAAAUGACAAUUCAUGAUGAAGAAGAAUUACAAGCGUAUAGAUUAACUAAAAGAAAAGAAUUUGAACAAGGUGUUACUAAAGAACGACAAAAUCCAAAAAGAUGGACAAGAUAUGCAUUUUGGGAAGAAGAACAAGGAGAAUAUGUAAGAGCACGUUCAAUAUUUGAAAGAGCAUUAGAACAAGAUUACACCAUAGCAGAUACAUGGAUGAAAUAUGUUGAUUUUGAAUUAAGAAAUAACCAAGUAAAUAAAGCAAGAAAUAUAUUAGAAAGAGCAACGAGUUUAUUGCCAAUGGUUUAUAAACUUUGGUUUAAAUAUGUUAGACUUGAAGAAACAGUUGAGAAUUUUGAUCAUUGUAAAGAAGUGUUUGAAAAAUGGAUGACAUUUAAACCAGGAGAAUAUCCAUGGCUUGCUUAUAUUAAAUUUGAAAUAAGAAUAGGAGAAAUUAAAGUAGCAAAAGAAUUAUUUGAACAAGCAAAUCAACAACUUCAUUGUGAAGAAAUAUAUAAAGAAUGGGUUGAAUUUGAAAAAAGAUUUGGAACAGUAGAAAGUACAAGAGAGUUAUUUAAUAAAAUGGCAAAAGAUAUAGAAGUUUGUCAAAAUUCAUAUUAUCAAAUGUUUGCAGAAUUUGAAUUAAGUCAAGGAGAAAUAGAACGAGCAAGACAAAUUUAUUUAUUUGGAAUUGAUCAUAGUAAAGAAGAAAAUAAAAGAAUAUUACUUAAUAAUUAUGUAAAAUUUGAAAAGAUAAAUGGAGAAAUGAAAGAUGUUGAUAAUGCAAUUUGGAAAAAAAGAAGAUUUGAAUAUGAACAAAAAAUUCAAGAAAAUCCAUUUGAUUAUGAUACUUGGUAUGAUUAUAUUCAAAUGGAAAUGAAUGAAAUUGAAUCAGAAGAAACAACAACAAUGCUUUAUGAAAGAAUUAUAAGUCAAACUCCACAAGAAAUAACUAAAGAAAAAUGGACACGAUAUAUUGAAUUUUGGGUAUUAUAUGCACGAUAUGAAGAAAAGUUACAACACUACGAAAAUGCAUUUGAUAUAUUUUCAAGAACAAUAAAAAUUAUUCCACAUAAAUAUUUUACAUUCAAAAAGGUAUGGAGAGCAUAUGCAAAUUAUGCUAGAAGAAGAAAAAACAUCCCAUUAGUUAGAAAAAUUUAUGGUGCUGCUAUUGGGUGGUGUCAUAAAGAUGAUAUUUUUAAAGACUAUAUUGAAUUUGAAACAGAGAAUGGAGAACAAGAACGAAUUCAUAAAAUUCAAGCUAAAUGGAAUGAAUUUAAACCAAAAGAAAUAAAACAAGAAGAAGUCAAUAAUGAAUAA